UCGAUGUGUCAGACGAAAGGAGGCUUUAACAUCCGCAUCCAAGUUCUCUCGGCAUAGGAGAUGGAUUGACUAAAUUAACUGCAUAGUUAUGUGGCUGAACACCAAAUAAGACAAUAAGAACAACUCAUCGUGUCACUGAGAGUUACGAUUGUGAGCUAUCACUGAGUUAAUCGGUGAGAACGGUCGUGAGAGACCAGCCGUGGGCUUGGCGGAUCGAGUUGACCACUACACUACAGUCCUAAGACUAAUGUCAAAAUGUGAGCUUUCGAGUAUGGGAUUUACCUGAUGUGUGGUGCGAUUACGUGAUUCGUGCAUCAGCUAGAGUUUCGUUGUCCAUUUGAUGAAAAUGUCUAAUUGGUUUUUACGUUGUAUACGCCCGGUGUCUGCUGGUUCGAUAAGUGGACAACUUUUGUACAGAUCAACCCCGCAGUAACAGACGUCACAUGAUUUAGUACUGUUGUUUUCACUACACUACAGUUAUUGAGUAAUUACAAGCUAAAUAUUGACGAUUUAUUUUACAUCACCAUGUCGGGAAAGAAGUUCUCCAGCCCUCAAGAGGAAAUAAAGUUCUGGAGGGAACAGGCCGGAAAAUUUAAAACAGAUUUGGAGGACACAAAAGAAGAGCUAGAGGAGUACCAGAUCAGCAGCCGCGAGCUGGAACAAGAGCUGGAGACACAGCUGGAACAGCUGGAAAACAAGAACCGAGACCUAACCACAAACAAUUCAAAGCUGAAGAGUGAGGUGGACUCACUAAGGGAAAAACUAGAGCAUCUUCGUAGCAGUCAUCAGAGGAUAUCUGAGCUAGAGGAUGAGCUGGCUCAGGUGACAGCCUUCAAAGAUGAGCUGCAGAAGUAUAUACGAGAGUUGGAGCAGAUGAAUGAUGAUUUGGAGAGGGCAAAGAGGGCUACAGUGGUGUCUUUAGAAGAUUUUGAACUGAGAUUAAACCAGGCUAUUGAGCGAAAUGCAUUUUUGGAAAGUGAGCUGGAUGAAAAGGAGACCCUAGUAGAAACUGUACAAAGGUUAAAAGAUGAAGCCAGAGAUUUGAGGCAAGAACUCGGUGUCAAAGUUAAGAUACAGGAUGGUACGUGUAUGGGCAGUUCAGCUGUCCAGGCAAAGAAAGAAACAACGAAAUCGGAGAUACCUCGACGAUCUGACCUAGUAGACUCCAAUAGAUUAGCAGAGAAUGGUUACUCUGACUUGCAAUCAUCACUCAAAGGGUCACAAGUAUCAACACCAAGUCCAAAAAGUGGCUCUAAUCAAAGUGGUGGUAGUGGGGGUCAGACGCCUCUUACACCCUCAGCACGAAUCUCCGCUCUCAAUAUAGUCGGCGAAUUGUUACGGAAAGUGGGAGCUCUAGAAACAAAGCUAGCCUCUUGCCGAAACUAUGCCAAAGAUCAGCCUCGAAACGUAAAGCCUGGGGGAGGAAGCCCAAUGAAUUCACCUAGGUCUGACAAAACCAUGGGAUCUAGAAGUAACAGGACCCGACGGUUGAACCGCGGGGGCUCAGUACCUCAGCAAGGCGUGAAGAUCUCUGUGUGAUUACUGGAGGAUUCACCGGACUAUCCAGCCAGGGGAGAUAACUUUGCCAGUCAAACUGUAUAAAAUAGUCAGAUGUGAGCAAUUCAGUGAACCGCUCUUUAUUUACUGCCACUGUGGCUAUCCUGUGUAAUAAUAUUGUGCCUGCUUGGUGGACAACAAUCUUUUGGGUAAUCCUCAUACACAAUCAGUUCGGUGGCAUUGGUCAGUUUUGGUCGUAGCUCAGUGGGAGGUGUGGAAUCAACCGGCUUUCCUGCGGAAUAGCGGUACAGAGCCCUUCUCUGUCCACAUCAUCCGCAUGGGAUUACACUCUGCUUCAUUACACAACACUUGCUUGACCAACAAGGGCCUCGUCUACCUGACAAUAUUCCUGAUUCCUCGACUGUAUAGUGUAUGACAUGAACUUUCGACUUCAAAACUGUCCAGAGAGGUGUGAGCUGAGACAUGAGACCUGAGCUGUGCACCUCCUCAGAAGCCAGUGAACUGAUGGAUGGAAGAGUGAUCUAUGGAAAUAUGGACCUACUGGUGAUGUGGGAAAUGACAGAUAUGCCCUUUCUCAUGGUGGAUGAAGUCUAACCUGAUGUACAUCAGUGUCACUGUGGUCUGUGUGAUUCACGUCACUGUGGUCUGUGCGAUUCACAUCUGUGUGGGUGUGGUGUGCGUGAUUCACAUCAGUGUCAAUGUGGUCUGAGUGAUUCACAUCAGUGUCAUAAUGGUCUGCGUGAUUCACAUCAGUGUCAUAGUGGUCUACGUGAUUCACAUCAGUGUCAUAAUGGUCUGCGUGAUUCACAUCAGUGUCACUGUGGUCUGUGAUUCACGUCAGUGUGGUCUGAGUGAUUCACAUCAGUCUCAGUGUGGUCUGAGUGAUUCACAUCAGUGUCAUAGUGGUCUGCGUGAUUCACAUUAGUCCCAGUGUGGUCUGCGUGAUUCACAUCAGUGUCAGUGUGGACUGCGUGAUUCACAUCAGUGUCAGUGUGGUCUGCGUGAUUCACAUCAGUGUCAUGAUGGUCUGUGUGAUUCACAUCAGUGUCAGUGUGGUCUGUGUGAUUCAUAUCAGUGUCAUAAUGGUCUGCGUGAUUCACAUCAGUGUCACUGUGGUCUGUGUGAUUCACAUCAGUGUCAUAAUGGUCUGUGUGAUUCACAUCAGUGUCAUAAUGGUCUGUGUGAUUCACAUCAGUGUCACUGUGGCUUGGGUGAUUCACAUCAGUGUCACUGUAGCAUGGGUGAUUCACAUUAGUGUCAGUGUGGUCUGAGUGAUUCAUAUCAGUGUCACUGUGGCUUGGGUGAUUCACAUCAGUGUCACUGUGGCAUGGGUGGUUCACAUUAGUGUCAGUGUGGUCUGCGUGAUUCACAUCAGUGUCAUAGUGGUCUGCGUGAUUCACAUCAGUGUCAGUGUGGUCUGUGUGAUUCAUAUCAGUGUCAUAAUGGUCUGCGUGAUUCACAUCAGUGUCAUAAUGGUCUGAGUGAUUCACAUCAGUGUCAUAAUGGUCUGUGUGAUUCACAUCAGUGUCACUGUGACUUGGGUGAUUCACAUCAGUGUCAGUGUGGUCUGUGUGAUUCACAUCAGUGCCAGUGUGGUCUGAGUGAUUCAUAUCAGUGUCACUGUGGUAUUUGUGAUUCACAUCAGUGUCACUGUUGUCUGAGUGAUUCAUAUCAGUGUCACUGUGACUUGGGUGAUUCACAUCAGUGUCACUGUUGUCUGGGUGAUUCAUAUCAGUGUCUGUGGUUUGUGUGAUUCACAUCAGUGUCACUGUGGCUUGGGUGAUUCACAUCAGUGUCACUGUUGUCUGUGUGAUUCAUGUCAGUGUCACUGUGGUAUUUGUGAUUCACAUCAGUGUCACUGUGGCUGGGGUGAUUCACAUAAGUGUCACUGUUUGUGUGAUUCAUAUCAGUGUCAAUGUGGCUUGGGUCAUUCACAUCAGUGUCACUGUGGUCUGCGUGAUUCACAUCAGUCUCAGUGUGGUCUGCGUGAUUCAUAUCAAUGUCACUGUGGCUUGGGUGAUUCACGUCUGUGUCACUGUGGUUUGUGUGAUUCACAUCAGUGGCACUGUUCAUGUACAUUACAAAAUGAACAGCUUGGGACUUGUUAACUUCUGUGUUCAGUAUUCCAAUACUAGUUAACUGCAGUUAACUGCUGCGCUGGCAGUAGUGCCCCACUGAAUUACUUCCCUUGCAGUUGGUCUGCACAGUUUUGGAGUGUUGCUGUUGUUAACUGGUACUUCUGAAAAUCAUUAAUGGCGAGUUUCAAAAAAUAAAUGGCAUAAGCUGUUACAUACCUUCAAGACAUAGAUGAGCUUGUUUGUGUGUAAAGAAAAAAUAAUGAAUUCAGCUGACAUUUUGUCUCCUUGCUGGGAGAAGGAUAACUAUGGAAAUCCUAUACUUUUCACACAGCUUCCUCAAAGUUGAACCACUUUGGCGACAUUCAAAGUCCAAUUCACAGAAAAGUACUGAAAAGAUUUCAGUUUUGUAAACGGACUUGGAAAUCAGUUGCUUGCUACUUUUAAUAAGAAACAACAGACACUUAGAGUGAACUUUGCGGAAAGGGUAAAUCCUACUGCCAGGAGGUGAAAAACCUCAUUGAAGAUCUCUACACAUUUACAUGACUUGUAGGCAUGUUGCAGUUUUUCAACAUCCGUCAGUCUGGAAAAUUGUUGUUACUGGUCCAACAUGUGGCUUUACUAGGGUGAAAUCCCACUUCUCAGAUUCAUGAAUCAAAACUAAACUUGUAUUACAUCAUAGCUUCUACCCUGGACAAGGGAGGUUAUUCAGUGGAAGGCUGUUGCAGCUUUUCUUCUUCUUAUUGUUAUUUAGUGAGUCAGACUCAUUUGUAAGUUUGUCUGACAUGAAUUAUUAGUUGCAUGUAGACUUGAAGCCGAGGGCACCGAAGACCAAAGAUUAAGUAAUUAUGAAACAUAGGCCUGUGUUUACAGCACACUCUCUGUUCUACCUCUCCAUCACAUACAUAUACUACUGCACUUACGGUUUUGGCACAGUGUUGAUGAACUGGUUUGCAUUUUGUUGGUUGGAUUUUAUAGAUGGGGAAACUGUUGUGAGCUUGCUGUGACUCGCUGUACAAUAAUAAUUACAUGAACACAAUAUGAGCAUCUAGCCCAUGCUCUGUAUUUACCUUGCAUACGUGCAUACAGUUGCAGUGUUAUGUGGUCCUGCCCAAGAUUGACAGGUACUGGUAAGGUGCACAUGUCAUUUUUGUACCUGAGCAUUACUGCCCUUCAUGUAACAAUGUUUAAACGCACACCUGUACUCUACUUACAUCUACAUGUUUCAGGGUUGGGAAAUUUGGUUGAAUGUGUUAAUAUAUGUACAUGUACAAUGGCCAGCAAAGAAACAAGGUAGGCUACUGCCUUUUCAAGUCAUACUUAUACUUAUCCACAUUCACAGGUAUACAACAUGACACAUUAUACAACAUGUACUUAUGUGAUGCUGAUCAUGAACUAAUUAGGCAUAACAAUGAGAUACAAAUGAGUACAUCUUGUUAGCCAUUUUUCAAGUACCAAUCCACAGGAUUCACGCUUGGCAAUAAAGACAAAAUAAUUGCAGCCAGGAUGGGUCUCCAAACAGUGGAAAUCAUAAGUUUUUAGCCUUCUGAAUGAAAACAACAUAAGCUCAUGAAGGUAAAAUGGUAUAAGCAUCAUUUUUAUGACAGAUUAUCUUGAGCUUGCACACUACAGAUCAGUUUUAACUUUUGGAUUCAUGUAUUUAAGUUUACCAUGUCCAAUAAGUUGCCUCUGGUGAAUGUAUCUGCACAGCAAGUAGUGAGUUUGGCAAGUUUAUGGCUGUAUUAGUUUCCCUGGUAUCAUCUGCAGUCUUAGCAGGGCAUGCAAAAAUUUGUGAUUGUUAGUAGUAGUCUUUGCGACAGUUUUUCUUUGAAAGCAGUAAGGCUUUAUGUCACAUUUUUGUUUCAAAGAUCUACUUGUGCAGUCCUUACUGAUUUGAUUUUUUUUUUUUAAUCUUGACUUGGGAUUUGUUGUUGAUUAAAGAUUUUUAUUAAUUUUGAGUUCAUGGCUAGCUAGUAGAAUUGUAAAAAUUUAUGUAUAUAUUGGUAUGGAAGUACAUGUAUAUUUAUACUGGACUCAAAACUUUUUUUUAAAUCCUGGUGUACAUGUAUAAAAUUGUGAAAGCUCAAUUUAUUUGGAUGCCCACUAAAACUCACUGUUCAGAUGGGCAUUUUGUGUGCCAGUUAACCAGGUUUUCACAGAGCAGAUAACUGAGCAGUUUGGUUCCAGCUUCUGGUGAGCUCAGAUAGUGGUGUCUGUCAGAUAUGAAGGUAGGCCUACAUGUGUUACACUUUUUGUGAAAUAUUCAUGUACUGAAACACCUGCAUCAUGCCUCUGAUACACAAGCAAAUAAUUUCACCCAGGGGUUAUUUUUCUUUAAAGUACAUUGAUUUAUGUGUUGUGACUGCCAGUUCCAUAUUUCUGAUGAAUCAAUGAAUUUCUAUUUUUGAAAGCUUUGAUCGAUGGUUGAGAAUGGAUGGUGCUUCCAAAGUCAGCCAACUGGUCAAUAGAGUUCUGCUAAACUGAAAUAAAAGAGAGCUUCUAGAGACCCUGGUGUACCAUACUAUGCAUAUUGUGAUGUUGUCAAUCAGCCGACUGGAUAAACAAAACAAACCAAGGGGACAAGUUUCUACUUCUAACAUUCAAACUUUUUUUCUUAGGGGCCCCAUUCAUGAUAUGAAUUCUAAAGAUGGUACAUGUCCAUUGGCAUGAUGUACUCUGUGCUCCAUGUAUUGCCAAUGUUUGGUAUGUUGCCUGUUAUCAAAGGUGAUCAUUCAUACUACUGUGUGUAAUUUGACAUACAUAUAUGCCCUUUGUCCCUUGUUUCUAGACUUGCUACAUCACAGUAAACCUUGUUGGAAAGACCCGAAAUGGUGGUGUUUGUAUGUUCAUUCAUGGUCUGUCUGUGUUUGUCUGUCGUCAGGAUAUUCUGUAUUUGACAUGAAGUUUAGUAUUUAUCAAGUUACAUAUCUUGCUCAGUUGCGUAUGUGGGAAAUUCGUCCAUCAGCCUGCGGAUGGUACUGGUUCCCCUCCAGGCUGAGGUCAAUUUCCUCACACCAUAACACCCACUACCAUCAUAUUUAAGUCGAGAAUUUUCGAGGAAGGUGUAAAAUCCCAUUUAAAUAAAUGAAUAAAUAAAUAAAA